AUGAGAUUUCAGAACCAAGAAGCAUCGAUCAAUAACUUGGAAACUCAACUGGGGCAGUUGGCACAGAUGAUAUCUUCUAGAGUUCAAGGCGCUUUACCUAGCAACACCGAAGCAAAUCUAAGUGAGCAGGUGCAAGCCAUUACCUUGAGGAGUGAUGCUUUAGCUCAGAUGCCACACUAUGCAAAGUUCUCGAAGGAGAUAUUGGCAAACAAAAGGAAACUGGGAGACGUUGCUACAGUUGCACUGAAUGAAGAAUGCUCAGCAAUCCUCCUCAACAAGCUGCCUCAGAAACUGAAAGAUCCAUGGAGUUUCACUAUUCCUUGCACUAUAGGCAGUUUGAAAAUUAAUAAGGCAUUGUGUGAUUUAGGAGCUAGUAUAAAUUUGAUGUCAUAUUUGGUUUUUAAGAAAUUAGGGUUGGGUGAACCCCAACCCACUAGAGUUGCAUUGCAAUUAGCUGAUAGGUCCAUCAAGCAUCCUAGGGGAAUCAUAGAAGAUGUGCUUGUUAAGGUUGACAAAUUCAUGUUUCUAGUGGAUUUCAUAAUGUUAGACAUGGAAGAGGAUGUUGAUGUUCAACUUAUCCUAGGGCGACCCUUCCUAGCUACAAGAAAGGCAACAGUUGAUGUCCAAAAAGGACAACUCAGCCUUAUGAUUCAAGAUGAGGAAGUAACUUUUAAAAUGUCUGAUGCUAUAAAGCAUGCAUCUUCUAGUGAUGAUUCAUGUCGUAUGAUAGAUGUCAUUGAUUAUGCGGUUGGUGGAUGUUUUCAGGUCAACGGUCAGCACCUCAAACCAUAUACAGCAAAUGGAGCAUUGCCUACCCCACCAACUGUGUACCUAGAUGUUCAUUGA